AUGUUGUUCUCACCUGGUAGAGAUCUUGUCGUGCUGGCUGCUCUCUAUGCCGCCAAGGGUACGAGCGCUGCGGAGCUGACAGGUUACGCGAAGGACAUGUUCGAUGAGUCCAUGAACUUCUUGGACCAGAUUUACGAUCCAGCCGCAGGGUAUCUCGAAUACUUCUAUUACCCCCUAGCCGCUGGCAGACACGAGACACGCUCUUCGAUGUGGUAUGCAUCAGGUCUUCUCCAGCGCAAUGAGGGAACCGAUUUAGACGAGGCAAUCAAGAUCAUCACCAAUAUCAUUGGCGGCCAAGAAAAGAAUGUGAGCGCCCAGUGGUUUGGUGAUUAUACCAAAUACCCAGAAGAGCCAACUGUUGCAAGCCCAGCAUAUGAAGCAGUUAUUUACGGCUCGUGGGAUCCCAACUGGAGAGGGUUCAUCGGCACCACUUUAAUCGUAAUUUAUGAGGAGUUUCAGGACAUUCUUCCCACAGAGGUCCAGGAGUUGAUCUUGGAGAGCAUGUACAACAACACCAUCGGUGAUAGCUAUCGAGUGGGCGGUGUCGAUGAUGACAACCUUUACCCUUCUUAUAGCAAUCCUGCACUCAUGCGUGCUGUAGGAUCGGGCUGGACCGGCCGAAAGUUCAAUGACUCAAACAUGACUCUAGCAGGCGAGAACUACGCAACUGAGGUUUUAGAUUUGUUCAACCUGAACAACACCCUCCCCGAGUUCAACAGUCCCACCUAUGCAGGAGUAUCCAUAUAUGCACUGACCCUCUGGGCCAAGUAUAUGCCGGAGGACUCGGUCAUGGGCCAAAAUGGCAAGCGCCUGCUCCAAGAAAUCUGGGCGACCGAGGCAGAACUAUACAACGCGAACAUGAAGAACCUGGCGGGCCCCUGGGAUCGGGCGUACGGCUACGACAUGAACAAGUAUGUGGCUAUUGUUACACUGCAUAUUUACUCUCUCGUCGGAAAGGACAAGGCUCCCGUUGCGAAACGACCAUGGGCCAUGGCCCACGCAGACGAUUACGAAUAUGCACCUCUGAUCGCCCUUCUGGCACCAUUCCACAACUCCUUGAUACCAAACGAGACCGUGAGCAAGUUCCUGACCUUCCCCGGUGAGCAUACCUACACGACCUCCGCAUUUUCCCCACCCACCGACACUUUCCCCCGAAACUACACGUUCUGGCUCUCCGACAACCUUACCAUUGGUGCUCAAUCAUUCGACGAGGAUGGCGUGGGAGGCCCCAGAUACGACUCUUCACAGUGGACUCCCGCCGCAGUGCAAUGGCUGCGCUCUGAUGGAUCGGUGGGGUUCUUCACCUGGUACGCGACCGAGGCGGCGCUUUCCCACGAGGUAGCGCCGAAUGUGCUGAACCUGUCGUACCCGCACGGUAAUUCGAGCACCCCGUUCACCUUCCUAGUCCAGCCAAAUCCUCUCGGUGGCAAGAGAGACAUCACGGGUCUCCAGGACAUUGAGGGGUUGGACAUCACCGCCGUCUCGGGCACGGUUGACUUGGAACCUACCAUUAGCUUCUGUGGGCUGCUUGGCGGUAGCUGUGAUCCUAUCCAUGGCUUCGAAUUUUGGAAUUUCACUUACUCGAUGCCGGUAAAUAGUACUGAGUUGCCGAGCAUUAAUUUUCAGAUCGAGCUUAGCUAG